AUGGUAACGCCCGACGACGCCGAACAGCUCGAAGUCGCCGCCAACUGCAUCGCCGAAGCUUUCAAGGUCGACGCUGCGGAUGAGGCCGCAAAGAAGGACGCCAUUGGCGACCAGAACCUGCUCGCAAUCUACAAUGUCUACGAGAAGCUCAAGGGAAAGACAACUGCCACAACUGAGGGAUCCUCGUCGGCAAAGGAGGCCCGACCAGCGACGCCACAGACACCUGCCGCCGGGUCAGGACCAGGCGGGCCAAACAAGGAUGAGGCCGAGAGACUGAAGGGACUGGGUAACGAGGCGAUGAAGAAGAAGGACUACGAUUCUGCUGUCAAGCACUACACCGCUGCCCUCGAAGUCGUUCCGCUUAACCCCAUCUACCUCUCCAACCGCGCCGCCGCAUACUCAGGCCAGGGCAAGCACGAGCUCGCAAAGGAGGACGCUGAGAUGGCAGUCGCUGCCGAUCCCAACUACUCCAAGGCCUGGUCGCGUCUCGGUCUCGCUAAGUACGUUCUCGGCGACGCAAAGGGCGCUAUGGAGGCAUACAAGUCGGGCAUGGACGCAGAGGGCGGCGGUUCAGAGGUCAUGCGCAAGGGCUACGAGACAGCUAAGAAGAAGGUCGAAGAGGAUGGUGGUGACGUUGGUGCUCCCGACGCUGCCCGAGGAGCUGGCGGUAUGGGUGGCGGCGGUGGCAUGCCUGAUCUCUCUGCCCUCGCUGGUAUGCUCGGUGGUGGCGGCGGCGGAGGCGGCGGCAUGCCCGAUCUCGCGGGUCUUAUGCAGAACCCGAUGAUGAGGCAGAUGGCUCAAAACCUCAUGAGCAACCCAGACAUGAUGAGCAACCUCAUGAACAACCCAAGGAUAGCGGAGAUGGCUCAACAGUUCGGUGGUGGUGGUGGCGGUGGAGGUCGAGGCGGCGGCGGUGGUGGAAGCGGAGGUGGAAUGCCCAACAUGCAGGAUCUCAUGAACGACCCUAACCUGGCUGAGAUGUAA